AGAUCAUCCAUGAUUCUAUUCUCAUCUGAACACCUCCUCCUCUACCCUACUCGGUACUUGAGUGAGCCCCCGCCCUUUCCGCAUUCUGACUGAAUCCUCAAUCGCUUCGAAUUCAUCGCUGGUUGCUGGCUCAACCUCACCUGUUCCGCGCGGUAGACGCAUCUCCUGCCUUUUCUCCGACCGACCGGACGUCUCUUUGGCGACAAUAUGUCGUCGACUGACAAUGGCCUUCUAUCCCCACCGCCAGUCCAUAAUAUCCCCCUCAAUGAUUUAGAAUCCAGUCGCCCUCGCCGUUAUCACACCCCAAAUUGGUCCGAUCUAACCGACCCCUCGGCUCUCGCUCCUCAUGUCAAGCAGCACAUGGAUAACGGCAUCGACCGUCUGGACGACUUCUUCACUAAGGUCGCCAUCUUCAUAACUCCGAGUUACUUGCAGCAUCAUGUUGGCGGCAAGUCGCAGCCCCCGUCUAGACAACAUGCGAUCGCAGCGUUGGAUGGUCUGCGCGGCUGGGCCUGCCUGCUGGUCUUCAACUUCCACUUCCUCUUCACAUAUACCUGGAAGGUUGCCGUGGGCUGGGGAUUCAACAAUGAGAAUUUCAGCGUGCUGCAGCUCCCUAUCAUACACAUGCUGGUCUCUGGUCAUAUAAUGGUGGCUAUCUUCUUCGUCAUCUCCGGUUAUGUGCUCUCCUACAAGCCAUUGAAGUUGAUUCGCAGUCGCUCCUGGGAACAGACCUUCACUACCUUAGCCUCAUCUACCUUUCGCCGCGCACUCCGUCUCUACAUCCCGUCUGUCGUCGGCAUCUUAUUGGUCUUUAUCGCGGUCCGGUUGGGUGUGUACAAUUACUCACAUAAAGUCCUCGUAGAGGGCCACACCAUUCUCGGCACGAACGAGCAGCAUCCUCCAAUCAUGCGGUCCUUCUACAAACAAUACUGGGAUUGGUACCUGACAAUCGUUCAUCUGAUGGAUCCUUUCAACUGGGCUCUUUACUACAACUACUAUAAUCCCCAUCUGUGGACCAUCCCCGUCGAGUUUCGCAGCUCUAUCGUGCUCUUCCUCACCCUCCUGGGCACCUCUCGCUUGACAACACCCGUACGUAUCUCGCUUGUCAGUGGCCUGGUUUGGUUCUGUAUGCGCUGGGGUCGUUGGGACAUUGUCCUCUUUUUGUUCGGCAUGCUGAUGGCGGAGGCGGAUCUUAUCAACGGCACCUGGGAGCGACCUGCGAAUGAGAGCGAAUCGAAGCCCAGACCUGGGCACCGACACUUCCUCCCGAAGCAGCAAAAUGCCCUUAGACAAAUACUACCUUUCCGUCUCUCUACCCGCAAUCUUUGGAUCGGCCUCUUCGUCCUCGGUCUGUAUCUGGGAUCCGCCCCGAACACCGGCUACAAGUGGACUCCCUUCUACCGUUGGACUUGGGAGAUUACCCCUCGAACCUACCCGGAGCCGCAUCGAUUUCCCCAGACCCUGGGCGCUGUACUCAUUGUGUUCAGCAUCAACCACUCUAAGGAUCUCCAAAAGCUCUUCAUCCACCCUGUCUCACAGUACCUAGGCAAGAUCUCAUUUGCCUUCUACAUUGUCCACGGGCCCAUUCUCCACUCGCUGGGUUACUCUCUCAUGCCUAACAUCUGGGCCGUCGUUGGAAAAGAGACCAACUUCCAGUACUGCCUGGGCUUUUUGAUUGGUUGGCUCAUCUGUCUUCCCAUCUCCCUCUGGGCUGGUGAUGUCUUCUGGCGUGCGGUGGAUAUUCCCAGCGUGAAGUUCGCCCGUUGGCUGGAAGACAAGCUCAUCGUGAAAACAGCUAAGCCCGAAAGCUCCAGCUCGAACUCACACCUGCACUAGCUGAGUGCAUUAACGCUGGAUGUUUGGUCAUAGCGUUGGCCUGCGAAGUCCACCGCUUCAUUGUAGGCUCUAACCUCCAUCAUCUUCCUCUGCCUAAUUCACGAAGCGCGCUCGUAAUGGCUGGAUUCCCCAAGCUAGCGAGCAGACGCCCGCCCUCAAGUGAGGAACUCAUCUCUGUAUCCUCACCACAUGCAGUGAAACAAUUGAGAUUUAGCGCGAACACGGAUUAGUGACCUGCAAUGGAGCGACCUUGACACAGCGGAUAACGGGAAAUGAGAUGCAAGUGUGGGGUCAGCUGGGGUCGCAAGUGCGUCUUUAGGGGUGGAUCAAGUAUUGAUGUGAAACGGCAGACGGCUGUAAAGAAACCGAUGCUGCCACUUGUAUAUCUUGAAGCGUUGUAUAUAGAAUCGCCGUCGACCUGGCUGAGAAGUCAGUAGACGGUCAUGUAGCUCGGCGCCGGCCGCCAGCCCCAACAGCUCCGGCAUGGCCCGCAAGGCGCCGAAACGGAGUAAGGAAUGAAACCAUGAUCAGUCAGAUACAGGACUUCUGAUUAAAAUGAA